CUUAAUUUAAAUGCAUCAGAAGGGACAUCCCCCAAAUGUGGGCUUUUUGUGCUUCAAAAUUCUGCUUCUGGAUCUUCCUUCACUUCUACUUCUUUACAGUUAUAACUUCAUUUUCUUGUUAUUGCUCCAGUUGCCUCCAGGUGGUUUUACUUCAGCUGAGCUAAUCUUUCACUGUUUUUAAGUCUUUAUUUUUGGCUGAAACUUGAUUUGAAGUUGAUAUCUUGGGAGGAAAUUCUUGGGGUUAGAGAGAGAAAGAUAUGGCUAUAGCAAGAUUUGGGCGCCAAGUGAAGCGCUCUUAUCAGUCGUAUGGGUUCUGCGUGAAGUUGUCAGCAGUUGUAAUCUUGGGCCUGUGUUUUGUACUUGUGUGGUCUCUGUUUUCAAAUUUUUCAGUGACUUCUCAAAGGGAAAGUUUUGAUGAUAUUGCUGAGCCAGUACCUGCAUCGAAUUGGAAAGUCAGUGAUUUUCAAACUCAUUCUAACAAGAUUGAACCGAAGAAAGGCCAAGAAAGUGAUGACCGGAGAUUUAGGUCUGGAUUGGAUGACAAAGACAAGAAAAUUAAUAAUGGGUCUGUGCCAUUGAAGCCUGAGAAAAAGCCAGAAAACUUGAAUGCUAAAGCUUCUGGGAAAAGUGGUGAUGGAAAUACAAAGUUGCCGGAAAAGGGGGGUGAAAAGGAAAAUCAAGAAAAUGAGGGAUCUGAGGUGGAGGAGGUAAUUAAAGAAAAGGAGGACAAUGAAGGGAAUGAUAAAGAAGGUGAAGAUGUGGAUAGUGAUGUCAAUGCAAAUGAGACUGUGGAAAGAAAUGUUGAUUUGAUUGAUACAGAUGACUUGGAUCAGGAAGCUGUUGAUGAAGAUGAUGGAGGAUUGAGGAACAGAAAGAAGAAGAAGAAAUUGGGUCCAGUAUUUGAUCCUAAAGUACAAUAUACGUGGAAAUUAUGCAACACAAGGAGCAAGCAGAACUACAUUCCUUGCAUUGAUAUUGAAUCUGCCACGGGAAGAUUGCUGAGUUACCGGCAUCACGAAAGGAGUUGCCCUAGAUCAGCUGUUAUGUGUCUUGUUCCCCUUCCCCAUGAUGGUUACGGGGAUCCAGUGCGCUGGCCUGAAAGCAAAACAAAGAUAUUGUAUCAAAAUGUGGCACAUCCAAAAUUAGCUGCAUAUAUUAAGGCACAGGAUUGGUUGGUAGAAUCUGGAGAAUAUCUCACUUUUCCACAGAAUCAGUCUGUAUUCAAGGGUGGAAUUCAGCACUAUCUAGACUCCAUAGAAGAGAUGGUACCAGACAUUGAAUGGGGAAAAAACAUUCGCAUUGUUCUAGAUAUGGGAUGUAAAGAUUCGAGCUUUGGAGCUUCUCUACUUGAGAAGGAUGUCUUCACACUUACACUCGGCUUGAAAGAUGACCUAGUGGACCUAGCACAAGUUGCCCUUGAGCGUGGAUUCCCUGCAGUAGUUAGCCCUUUUGCAACUCGAAGGCUUCGUUUUCCAAGUGGAGUCUUCGAUGCAAUUCAUUGCAGUGAAUGCAGUGUUUCUUGGCAUUCAAAUGGUGGUAAACUUAUCCUUGAGAUGAAUAGGAUACUGAGACCUGGAGGGUAUUUCAUUUUAUCAACAAAGCAUAACAGUAUUGAAGCUGAAGAAGCUUGGUCCACAUUGACGGUAUCGAUUUGUUGGAACAUCCUAGCUGAUAAAACCGAUGAGGUUAGUGACAUAGGUGUCAAGAUAUAUCAAAAGCCAGAAAUGAAUGACAUAUAUGAACUGAGACGAAAGAAAGUACCACCUCUCUGCAAGGAAAAUGAGAACCCCGAUGCUGCCUGGUAUAUUCCACUGAAAACUUGUCUGCACACCAUUCCGGAAGCCAUUGAACAACGUGGGACUGAGUGGCCUGCAGAAUGGCCAAAGAGGCUUCAUACCUUUCCCGACUGGAUGAACAACAGAGAGAAAUUGAUUGCCGACACUAAGCACUGGAAAGCUAUUGUGAACAAUUCUUAUCUAAUAGGAAUGGGCAUCGAUUGGUCGACUAUCAGGAAUGUAAUGGACAUGAAAGCCAUAAGUGGAGGAUUUGCAGCUGCACUUUUGGACCAGAAGGUUUGGGUUAUGAACGUGGUCCCAGUUCAUGCACCAGAUACACUUCCCAUAAUUUUUGAACGUGGGCUUGUCGGCAUUUACCAUGACUGGUGUGAAUCUUUCGGUACUUACCCAAGGUCUUAUGACCUUCUCCAUGCUGAUCAUCUCUUCUCAAGGCUUAAGAACAGAUGUAAGCAGCCCAUAGUGAUUGUUGUCGAGAUGGACCGCAUACUAAGGCCUGGAGGUUGGGCAAUUGUUCGCGACAAAGUAGAAAUUCUUAAUCCUCUAGAAGAAAUCUUGAGAAGCCUCCACUGGGAAAUCAGAAUGACUUUUGCACAAGAUAAGGAAGGCAUCCUAUGCGCCCAGAAAACCAUGUGGCGGCCCUGAUUGUGUUAUCACAGCUAGCAUUGUACAUUUUCUAUCUUAUUGAUAAUACUUGACCACGUAUACGAAGGAAGGGUAAAUCUCCCCAUUCCUCUCAAACCAAUUUUGCAAUAACUUUGUUCUUGAGUUUUUCUCGUUUUCAUUGUAUUCUUUUCUGAACUCGAAUAGAUGAUUACUCGACCGAGGCUGUUGUACACUAACUUCUGGAGUCACUGUUGCAUAUUAUUGAAAGGAGAAACUGAAUUUUGUAUAGCAA